AUGGACUACGACAGAUACGACGCUACUCUCCAUUACAUCUUCAAACAAACUCAAGGUGACGCUUGGUUUAGACCACAUGAAGAUUCAGUCCCUCCAGGCGUUUGUCUUCGUACCCAUGACGGUCAAUUCAGAGUAUUCCCAUACGAAACUGCCGCACUCGCUCCAUUCGAGGCUGCUGUAGCUGCUCUCAAUCCUCUCGUUGCAGUAAAAGUCAGAAGUGCUGCAGUACACGCUGCUUUAGCAGAACAAGCUAUCGACGAUUGCAUCUAUGUCGACUCAAAUACUCGCAUUCAAGUACUCGAGUCAAUGUACCUCCUUCCACAAGCAGAAAAGGAUCAAAACGCUGCUUUCAUUCGCGAUGAACGCGUGCUCGUCGUUUGGAGCGACUCUCUCGAUACAAUCAUCCCAAUCGCACGUGACUUUGAAGAUCGUCUCAUUCGUCUACUCUGGCGCACGAGACCACCUCUACCUUCAACACACGAACCCUCCAUAUACUCUGAAAAACCAGCAGAUCCCCGUCUAACCCCUUCCUCCACCGUAAACUCAGAUUCACAAAGACGAACAUGGUUCGGUCGUGUCCUUCCUUCACAACAAGACCCAGAAAAGAUCGAACAAAAACAACCAACCCGUCCAAUCAUGCUAUAUGCUCCGCUAUACAAUGGUCUAUGCGCUGCACUCGCUUUCAUUUUCAUCGGCAACGGCGUUCGCACUCUCCUUACAGAAUUUCGCCUAGACGGCAACUACACUCAUUUUGCUCUUGGCGCCCUAGUGCCACUCCUCUUUUGUGUAUCCUUGUUCUUCACUCUUCAAAUAUUCCAAACACUCACAUUUGCAGUCGGUCCCAUCGCUCAUUACCACCAAAACAGUCGUUACUACUCGGCAGUCCCUCCACUGCCAAAUCCUGCCAUAGACAAUGCACUCCCUCACAUCACAAUACAGAUGCCCGUCUACAAAGAAAGCCUCGCUACAGUCCUCACACCCUCCCUCACAUCCAUCAAAACAGCAAUGCAGACAUACGCACGUCAAGGCGGCACAUCCAGCCUCUUCAUCAACGACGAUGGCCUUCGUCUCCUCCCCCCUGAUCAGGCAAAGGAACGUAUCGAGUACUACGCAAACCACGGGAUCGGCUGGAUCGCAAGACCACGACACGGACACGAAGGCUUUACGCGCGCAGGCCGCUUCAAAAAAGCCUCCAACAUGAACUACGCACUCGACGUCUCCCUCCGCCUUGAACGCAUCCUCGAGGAACUUCAAUCAUCUCACAACUCCCUUGAACAAUACCCUUACAAUCGCCAAAACCAAAUCCCCAGCUCAAGCAGAGAUAGCAACAUAUUCACGCCUCCCAACCCACCCUUUCACCGUGCCAGCGUUAGCACCACAUACAGUGCUCAAACUGUCCAAACAGAGGGCGGGAGCAUCGUUAGCGUGCCUGGACAGUCUCCUGGGACGUACGGGGUCCAGUAUAUCGGCAAGGACGGGGACGAUCAGGCGUUCAUCACUCCUUUUCUCAGUAGCAACAGCAAUGGCAGCAUGCCUGGGACGCCUAGACCCGGUAUGACGGGGAGUCCGCGGACUAUCAGUCCUGAACCACCCACACUCGCAGGAACGCAUAUCGAAGACAUCGAAGAGCGGGCUCUUCAACUAGCCAUGGAAGAAGUAUUCCAAAUCACAGGACACAGACCAUGGGCAGCAAACUCCCGUGCCUGUCGAAUUGGAAGCAUCAUCUUAUUAGUAGACGCAGAUACGAUCGUCCCGGUGGAUUGUUUUAGGGAUGCAGCGAGAGAGUUUGCGGAGGACGAAGGCGCUGAGGUUGGGGUUCUCCAGCAUGAGAGCGACGUCCUUCAAGUAGCCCACCACUACUUUGAAAACGCCAUCGCCUUUUUCACCCGCCGAAUCAACAAAUGCAUAAGUAUGAUGUGCGCAAACGGGGAAGUGGCGCCUUUUGUAGGGCAUAAUGCGUUUUUGAGGUGGACGGCGUUGCAGGAUGCGGCAUUAAGUGGGGGGGAUGCGUCUUCUACUCAUGAUUCUGGUGCGGACAAAAACAGAGCCCAAGUCAAGAUCUGGAGCGAGGAUAACGUCAGUGAAGAUUUCGAUAUGGCGUUGAGGCUUAUAAGACAGGGGUAUAUCGUUAGAUGGGCGACCUACUCCCAAGGCGGUUUCAAAGAAGGUGUAUCGCUCACUGUCGAUGAUGAGUUGAAUAGGUGGCAGAAGUAUGCGUAUGGGUGUAAUGAGCUCCUCUUCAACCCCUUCGUCAAAUGGUUCUACAAGGGCCCCAUCAACCACCAGAUCCACAAAUUCAUGUGGAGUCCUGCACCGCUCCAUUACAAGAUCUCGAUGAUGGCUUACAUGUUCUCAUACUACGGAAUAGCGGCCUCAGCGACCAUCUCCGUAAUCAACUACGUUAUGCUUGGUUUCCAAUUCCCCACAGACGAUUUCUACAUGCACAGUUUCGAAAUAUGGCUCGCCACUUUUGUUGUAUUUUUCGGAGCUGGUAAUGUAGGGUAUGUGCUUUUGCGGUACAGACUCGGAGAGAGUGGUAUCGUAGGCGGCGCGAUCGAGUGUUUUGGGUGGAUUCCGUUCUUCUUUUUCUUCUUCGGUGGACUAAGCAUCCCGGUCUCACAAGCCAUUCUCGCUCAUUUGUUCUCGUACAAUAUCACGUGGAGCGCAACAAAGAAGGAGGUCGAGAGGUCGAAUUUCUUCAAGGAGGUUCCAAAGAUUUUCAGGAGAUUUUGGUUCCCCCUCCUUGUAUGUAUCCUGCUGAUUGCGGGUGUCGUCAUCGUCAGUACGCCGUUGGUGCCAUAUCAGUGGCAACUGACCGCAAAUGCGUGGGCCGUUAUCUUCCCGUUGACGGUUGUAUGCGCUUGUCAUAUCUUAUUCCCGGUACGUCUCGUUAACCUUGUCUUCCAUUCUGCGAUUGGAAUGAGCGAUCGUCCAUUUCUGGAUUGGAUUAUGCUUCUUCCAACGUUCUUCCCCUCGCCAUCCUUGUCCUAG